AUGGAGACACCAUGUCCGCAAUCAAUUAAUUUAAAAAACAAACUAUUUUCCUCAGUUCUGGCCGCCCAAAUCGUUCAAGUGGAGGAUUUGAUAACUGGAACCGCUGGGGAUGAGGUCAGGCUGCCGUGUUACUUGUCCUACAACGCGGGGAACGUAAGGUUGGUGCAGGUGACCUGGUUGAAGCGAGCUGAGCAGGGCAACGUGAACUUGGCCGUUUACAACCCGCGACUCGGCACCAGUUACCCCGCUGCCAUCGACAGGGUGACGCUCACCAACGUAACGGCUCCUAACUACACGCUGAGCAUCAAGCCCUUACAGCUGCCCGACCAAGGUGUUUACAGCUGUGAGGUGAACAUGUUCCCCAGCGGAAAGCACGAGUCCCAAACACGGCUGACGGUUCUGGCGAGGCCUUUGACUGAGGCGAUCUCGGUCCCAGUGGACGCCUCGUUGUCAGAAGUUCCCGUCGCUAACUGUACAGCGGCCAGUGGCAAACCGGCAGCACAGGUGGCUUGGAGUGGGAGCGAUGCAGGAAAAGUCACCGUCACGGAGACUGGACAUGCGGACGGGACGGUAACUGUAGUCAGCCAAUACAGACUGCGACCCACCAGUGUGGACGAUGGCAAGAACGUCACCUGCCUUGUCACGCACAAAACCUUCACGGAUGUGAUCAACUUGACUGUGACAUUAUCUGUUCGCUACCCACCAGAAGUCACCAUUGCCGGAUAUGAUGGGAAUUGGUACGUGGGCAGUUCCGGACAUCGCUUAGCCUGCCUUGCCAAGGCGAGCCCUCCCGUUACCAGCUGCCGCUGGACAUUGUCCACAGGCCCGUUGCCGCCGAAUGUGGAAACCAAAGGCGACUGUUUGUUGAUAACACACGUCGACUAUUCCCUCAAUGGCACGUGGGUGUGCGAAGCAACUAAUGCCCUUGGCAAAGGAAGCGGAAAAGUCACAGUUGUGGUCAAAGAAGCAGUUUCAACCAGUGCAGGAGCUGCUUUUGCGACCACUGUGAUCUACAUUACUGUAGGGGCACUGGUGUCAGUCCUGCUCGUGGUGGUCGCCGUCACUAUAGCGAUGAUGAAGAGAAGCAGGCGGCGGGUUGACGGCACAAAGGAAAAAGCGAACUCUUGCCCAGAGAAGAGCGGUGAAUUUGUCAUCCACGCAACCCUAAACUUUAAGGUUUCAGACUGUGCCCGUCCUUCAAGCAGGGAGAACAAUAAUCAUGAGGCAACAGUCUAUGCUGAUGUACACAUUGACUAGACUCAGCCCUUAUUGACAAUGUGGUUUCAUGCGAUCGGAUAUCUAUCAGUUCAAGACUUGCAACGUUUCAACAACAUGGAUCAUCGCCGCGAAUAAACCCACAACUAUAAAGACACAAGUGCAGCAGUAAUUCCUUGGUCUCCACAGAUGCUGCCUGACCCGCUGAGUUACUCCAGCACUCUGUGAAACGUCACCUAUCCAUGUUCUCCACAGAUGCUGCCUGACCCGCUGAGUUACUCCAGCACUCUGUGAAACGUCACCUUUCCAUGUUCUCCACAGAUGCUGCCUGACCCGCUGAGUUACUCCAGCACUCUGUGUCUCUCUGUGUCAAACAGCAUCUGCAGUUCCUCCUGAAUAAAUCCACAACCAUCGCGCCAAGCGCCUCGGAUGGGAAUUGGGCUUCAGCUGAGACAACCCUGUCCUCACCUUCAGCUACAAAUCGAUGUCUGGUACAUCAGUACAUUCGCUUGUGCAGCCUUCAGUAAUUUGUUUGUAUAUUUUCAUUCCUUCGUCAAUAAAUGAACUCUGUCGCAGCUUCGAGUUGUUGGUGAGGUCCAUCUACUCCUGGUAGAGGAUAGUGAUUCCCGCUUCUGUGCACAGGGCUGGGUGCGAAGGGACCGGGAUACGGGAUACGGGAUACUUGGAGCUGUCCCGGAGAUUGUUGAAAUCUGUGCUGCCACAAGCGAGAUACGAGGCGCCACUCUUUGCGCCCGUGGUCGGGAUCGAACCCGUGUCUCUGGCGUUGUAAGGCAACAACUUUACCGUGUCGCCCCUGGUGGUGGGGGCUGGGAACGCGCUGCCAGGGGGUGGUGUUAGAGGCAGAGACGAUAGUGGUGUUUGAGACACUUUAGACAGACAGAGGAGAUUAGACAAUAGACAUUAGAAGUAGGCCAUUCGGCCCUUCAAGCCAGCACCACCAUUCACUGUGAUCAUGGCUGAUCGUCCCCAAUCAGUACCCCGUUCCUGCCUUCUCCCCAUAUCCCCUGACUCCGCUAUCUUUAAAAUCCUUAUCUAGCCCUCUCUUGAAAGCAUCCAGAGAACCGGCCUCCACCGCCCUCUGAGGCAGAGAAUUCCACAGAUUCACAACUCUCUGUGUGAAAAAGUGUUUCCUCAUCUCCAUUCUAAAUGGCUUACCCCUUAUUCUUAAACUGUGGACCCUGGUUCUGGACUCCCCCAACAUCGGGAACAUGAUUCCUGCCUCUGGCAUGUCCAAACCCUUAAUAAUCUUAUAUGUUUCAAUAAGAUACCCUCUCAUCCUUCUAAAUUCCAGAGUAUACAAGCCCAGCUGCUCCAUUCUCUCAACAUAUGACAGUCCCACCAUCCCCGGUAUUAACCUUGUCUGCAGACAAUACUCCAGGUGUGGUCUCACUAGGGCCCUGUAUAACUGCAUAAGGACCUCUUUGCUCCGUUACACAACUCCUAUUGUUAUAACCAUAUAACAAUUACAGCACGGAAACAGGCCAUCUCGGCCCUACAAGUCCGUGCCGAACAACUUUUUUCCCCUUAGUCCCACCUGCCUGCACUAAUACCAUAACCCUCCAUUCCCUUCUCAUCCAUAUGCCUAUCCAAUUUAUUUUUAAAUGAUACCAAUGAACCUGCUUCCACCACUUCCACUGGAAGCUCAUUCCACACCGCUACCACUCUCUGAGUUCCCCCUCAUGUUACCCCUAAACUUCUGUCCCUUAAUUCUGGUCAUGUCCUCUUGUUUGAAUCUUCCCUAUUCUCAAAGGGAAAAGCUUGUCCACAUCAAUUCUAUCUAUCCCUCUCAUCAUUUUAAAGACCUCUAUCAAGUCCCCCCUUAACCUUAUGCGCUCCAGAGAAUAAAGACCUAACUUAUUCAACCUUUCUCUGUAACUUAGUUGUUGAAACCCAGGCACCAUUCUAGUAAAUCUCCUCUGUACUCUCUCUAUUUUGUUGACAUCCUUCCUAUAAUUGGGCGACCAAAAUUGUACACCAUACUCCAGAUUUGGUCUCACCAAUGCCUUGUACAAUUUUAACAUUACAUCCCAGCUUCUAUACUCAAUGCUCUGAUUUAUAAAGGCUAGCAUACCAAAAGCUUUCUUUACCACCCUAUCUAUAUGAGAUUCCACCUUCAAGGAACUAUGCACGGUUAUUCCCAGAUCCCUCUGUUCAACUGUAUCUUCAAUUCCCUACCAUUUACCAUGUACGUCCUAUUUUAAUUUGUCCUGCCAAGGUGUAGCACCUCACAUUUAUCAGCAUUAAACUCCAUCUGCCAUCUUUCAGCCCAUUCUUCCAAAUGUCCUAAAUCGCUCUGUAGACUUUGGAAAUCCUCUUCAUUAUCCACAACACCCCCUAUCUUGGUAUCAUCUGCAUACUUACUAAUCCAAUUUACCACACCCUUCAUCCAGAUCAUUGAUGUACAUUACAAACAACAAAGGACCCAACACAGAUCCCCGAGGCACCCCACUAGUCACCUGUCUCCAACCCGACAAACAACCAUCCACCAUUACCCUCUGGCUUCUCCCAUUCAGCCACUGUUGAAUCCAUCUUGCUACUCCUGCAUUUAUACCCAACAGUUGAACCUUCUUAACCAACCUUCCAUGAGGAACCUUGUCAAAGGCCUUACCAAAGUCCAUAUAGACAACAUCCACUGCUUUACCCUCAUCAAUUUCCCUAGUAACCUCUUCAAAAAAUUCAAGAAGAUUAGUCAAACAUGACCUUCCAGGCACAAAUCCAUGCUGACUGUUCCUAAUCAGACCGUGUUUUAUUCAGAUGCUUAUAUAUAUUAUCUCUAAGUAUCUUUUCCAUUAAUUUACCCACCACUGAAGUCAAACUAACAGGUCUAUAAUUGCUAGGUUUACUCUUAGAACCCUUUUUAAACAAUGGAACAACAUGCGCAGUACGCCAAUCCUCGGGGACUAUUCGCCUUUCUAAUGACAUUUGAAAUAUUUCUGUCAUAGCCCCGGCUAUUUCUACACAAACUUCCCUCAAUGUCCUAGGGAAUAUUCUGUCAGGACCUGGAGACUUAUCCACUUUUAUAUUUUUCAAAAGUGUCCGUACUUCUUUUACUUUGAAACUCAUAGUAUCCAUAGCUACUUUACUAGUUUCCCUUACCUCACAUAAUUCAAUAUCCUUCUCCUUGGUGAAUACCGAAGAAAAAACAUUGUUCAAUCUCUCCCAUCUCUUUUGGCUCUGCAGAUAGCUGUCCACUCUGUCUCUCCAAUGGACCAAUGUUAUCCCUCGUUAUCCUUUUGCUAUUAAUAUAAGCUGUAGAAACCCUUUGGAU